AGAAUGGCUGAUCGAGUGCUUGUGAUUGGCAGAGGAGGCAGAGAACAUGCAUUGGCUUGGAAGCUGGCACAAUCUCUACAUCUGAAACAGAUACUGGUUGCACCAGGAAAUGCCGGAACAGCCAAUGAUGGGAAAAUGUCUAAUUCAGGUGUUUUAAUUAGCAACCAUACUAUCCUUUCCCAGUUCUGCAAAGAUCAUAACAUUGGGUGUGUGAUUGCUGGACCAGAAACUUUGCUUGCUGCUGGAAUUGUUGAUGACUUGGUAGCAGCUGGAAUUCAGUGUUUUGGCCCUACAGCCAAGGCAGCCCAGUUGGGGACAAAUAGAUAUUUCACUAAAAUCUUUCUUGAUCAGCAUGGAAUUCCCACAGCAAGAUGGAAAGCUUUUUCAAAUCCUAAAGAAGCAUGUGCUUUUAUUAACAGUGCAGAUUUUCCUCCAUUGGUGAUAAAACCUAGUAAUUUUGAUUCUAGAAAAAAAAUAGUUCUUGCAUCCAACCGAGCAGAUGCUUCUAAGGCAGCACAAGAUAUUCUUCAGGACAACAUGAGUUGUCAUUCUGGAGACUCCUGUGAGAUGGUUAUCAUUGAAGAACUCCUUAAAGGGGAAGAAUUUUCAUAUUUAUGCUUUGUUGAUGGAACCACUUUUAUUCCCAUGCCACCAGUUUCGGUCCAGAAGCAGCUGCUGAAUGACCAUCAGAGUGCAAGCAUUGUUGGCAUAGGAGCCUUUGCCCCUUUUCCUAAGGUUUCUGAAGUUCUCCUGGAAAAAAUUAAAAGCACGCUCCUUCAACACAUUCUUGAAAGUAUGAAGCAAGAAGGUAUGUCAUAUGCAGGUGUGCUGCAAGUAGAAUUGAUGCUUACUAAAUAUGGUGUGAAAGUUUUAAGUGUUGGCUGUCAUUUUGGUGACCCACAGUGCCAGAUAAUUCUUCAACUUCUUAAGAGUGAUCUUUAUGAAGUUAUCCAAGCUGCACUUAGUGGCCAGCUCUGCAAUUCUAUAUUGGCUUGGUCAGAUAAUUGUACUGCUGUGUCAGUUUCCAUGGAAAAUGGCAGCUAUCUGCAAGGUCAUAAAAAAAGCAUGGAAAUCACUGGGCUUCUUCAGGCUAAUGAGUUAGGCCUUGAAAUAUUUCAUGGAGCUACUAUAAUAAAGGAAGGCAAAGUGCUGAGUAAUGGAAACAGAAUCCUUACAGUAACAGCUGUCAAACAGGACAUCACGUCAGCCCUUGAAGCUAUCUACAAAGGACUAGCAGUCGUUUCUAUCCAGGGUGCAACCUACGGAAAAGAAACUCGCCAUCAAACUAUUGCAUUCUUCAGACAGUUUGUGUCCCCAUCACAUGAAGAUAGAAUUUCAGAUUCCAUUGCAUGCAGUAUCUUGGAUCAUUCAUCUGUGUUAUCCCCUGAAAGGGGUACCAAGCUAGGUUGCCCUGGGCGUGAUGGGUCCAUUCCUGCCAUCUUUGAUUUGAAAGCCUCUGGUUAUCGCGAUCCAAUUCUAGUAUCGCAUGCUAAAGGCAUUGGAACAAAACUUAAGAUUGCCCAGUUGUGCAAUAAGCAUGACAUGAUUGGUCAGGACUUGGUGGCUAUAUGCGUCAAUGACCUGCUGGUUCAAGGAGCUGAGCCUCUCUUCUUCCAUGGCCAUUUUGCAUUUGGGAAACCGGAUGUUGGUGUGGCUCAGCUCACUCAGGUUAUAUCAGAUGGGAUAGCUGAAGCUUGUAAAGUGGCAGGAUGCACCUUCCUUGGAAGAGAAACCAAUGAAAUGCCUGCCACUUGUGCAGCUGGAGAAUACAACCUGGUUGGCUUUGCAGUUGGUGCUGUGGAGCGAAGCAUGAAGUUUCCUCGGCAAGGGAACAUUGUCGAUGAAGAUCUUGUGAUCGGAAUAGCUUCUUCAGGGCUUCAUCACCAAGGAUUUGAUCUUGUGAGAAAGAUUUUUUUAACAUCGUCCCUACACUAUUUUUCUCCAGUUCCUGGUGGAUAUGGCAACCAUACUUUAGGAGAACAGUUGCUAACUCCAACCAAAAUCUAUAGCAGAGCCCUCCUUCCUGUCCUUCGUUCAGGAAAUGUGAAAGCCUUUAUCCAUAUUGCUGAUGGAGGAUUGUUGGGAGGUUUUUCCCAGAUCCUUCCUGAGUGCUUUAGUGUUGUUUUGGAUACCCAUAAGUGGAAGAUUCCAUCGGUUUUCUCUUGGCUCCAAGAGGAAGGCAACCUCUCAGAAGAGGAGAUGGGGCAAAUAUUUAACUGUGGGAUUGGUGCUAUUUUAAUAGUCCAGACAGAAGCUGCCAAGAAAGUGCUGAAGGAUGUCCAGGAACAUGAGGAUGCAUGGGUGAUUGGAAAAGUUGUCCACCGAACUGCAGGGUAUCCCCAGGUAGAAAUCAAGAACCUCUCUGAAGCGCUGCUACAAAAUAAAUGGCCAUUUUUGAAAGAUGUUUCAAAUGCAGACAAUCCACCUCCUACCAUACACAGAAAGCAUAAAGUUAAAGUAGCUGUUCUUAUUUCUGGAACAGGUACUAGCCUUUCAGCACUCCUGGCAUAUGCAAAAGAGCCUGCAAGUUGCUCUGAGGUAGUCCUAGUAGUUGCCAACAGAUCUGGGGUGGAAGAAUUAAGGAAUGCAACCCUGGCUGGGAUCCCAACCAGAGCUACUGUGAUGUCUUAA